UACAGAUUUUUCAUCUAAAAAAUGUCUUCACAACAUACAUCACGUUCAAACACCGUUACUUCUGCAAAUAUCAAUAUCGACGAUGUUUCUGCGCAGAAGCCAGAAACUGAUUCAGAAAUUAAGGUACCUCUUGAAACGAAGUCAGAUAGCAAUUGUAACUUAUUUCAAUCACCUAAAUUUUGCCAGUUAAUAAAGACUCUUCUCCAAAUGGAAAACAAAGAAGAAUUUCAACCGAAAAAAUCUAGAGUGGACUUAGCUUCAUUACCUACUAGGCAGUAUUUGGAUCAAACUGUGGUGCCCAUUUUAUUGCAAGGCCUCUCGUACUUAUCCAAAGAAAGACCUCCAGAACCAAUAAAUGCUUUAGCUGCUUUCUUAUUGAAACAUCGAUCGACUUAUGAAGGAAGUCCAAAUAGUUCUCCACCAGAAACUGAGAGGAAGAGCUGAAACUUAUAGACUUAUUAGGCAUGCUAAUAAAAUUUUAAGUAUAAUAUUUGUGUUUCUAUUUUAUUCACUAGUAAAUUACAUUUCUAAUACAAUUUUUAA